AUGUCAUUUUCUUUAAAACUUUACAAUAACUAUUUUUAUUUUUAUGAAUCCCAACCAUUUCUUCGCCAUCUUUCUCCCUCCAUCCCUAAAUUUUCUAACUUACCUUCAGACGCAAGGACCACCCAAUGGGAGGAUCCUCGGCUUGAACUUCUUGGCGGUCCUGCUGUACCAUACUCACGAAACUACAAACAAAAGUAUGAAUACUUUCGUUCACGUUUGCGUGCUCCACGUGACUCACAAGCCAAAUUUGAGAUCCGGGUCACUCGCGAAGGCGUAUUCGAAGACUCGUUUCGCCUUAUUUACGGGAUCAAGAAACCAGAGGUUUUAAUGCAUAGGUAG